ACGUUGAUGCUGCGUGAGAGGCGGCUCGGGAUGAUCCGGUGGCACUGCUGUUCUCGACGGCAUUGGGCCUGACUUGACUGGGCUGAGCUGGUUCUGGUUCUCGCUCGUACUGACACUCGCACUCAUAGUCGAUGACACAAGUAGUCGAGAGGGAGAAGAAUCCAAGACGUGCCUUGAAGGGGAGGGUAGAGGAAGAGGGAAGAGACAGAGACAAGAGGCAGGAGACAGAAGACCCAGGACAGCCCCUCAUCUGGUGUUUGACAGCAUUGGUUCACAACAGAGCACAGCGUACGACCGAGGGGGCGCCGUCGUCAAACGAGGCGGUAGAGACAGAAAUGACAUUUGGCCGACAGACAGUCCGAGGCCGCUCAAAGGCUCGUGGCCUCGGACUCUCUCUUUUUCUCUCUCUUCCCCAUUAUGUGAAUGUGUGUACAUCACAGCUCUGGGUAGUAGAGGCCGUUGUGGGACUGGAGCCAUUGUUACUCCUAUCCAUGAGCGUUCUUGACUUUUUUUGGUUUUCUUGUUCCUGUUUCCCUUCUUCAUUUUUCUGUCAUCGGUGUACACUUUCAUAUACACACAGGCAGGUGCGCGCCGGUACACCGAAAUGCUCAGGUCGGUCCUCGAUUUAGAUAGGAAACCGUAUCGACCAACGUGGACGUGAUAACCCGAGGGUGGAGGUGGAGGUCUAGUGUGCGAAAGCUGCCUGCUCGUGGGACGAUCUAGGGCACUCGCGCCACUAACUUCGAUUAAUGCUCGGCGUCAAUCAUGGAACACCGAACGCACCAAGAAAACAGGGAACGCGAAAUAAACUCAAGCAUUCAUAAAAUACCAGAACAUCAACAAUGAAAUACAAUCGUUGACAGUUUCG